AUGGAAGCAGAAUGUGGAUUUGAAGCCCCUGAAAUCAACUCAUAUGGCCAUUCAUUUAGGGAUUAUGAUGCAGAAAGCGAGAGACAAAAGUCCGUUGAGGAGUUUUAUCGAUUGCAACACAUCAACCAAACAUAUGAAUAUGUGAAGAGAAUGAGGGAAGAAUUUGGAAAACUGGACAAAAUAAAGAUGAGCAUUUGGGAAUGUUGUGAACUUUUGAAUAAUGUCGUGGAUGAUAGUGAUCCUGAUUUGGAUGAACCCCAGAUCGAGCAUUUAUUGCAGACAGCAGAAGCAAUUAGAAAAGAUUAUCCUAAUGAAGAUUGGUUGCAUUUGACUGGCCUCAUUCAUGAUCUUGGAAAAGUUCUUCUUCUUCCAGAGUUCGGAGAGCUCCCUCAAUGGGCUGUUGUUGGUGACACAUUCCCACUUGGCUGUGCAUUUGAUGAAUCCAUUGUUCACCACAAAUAUUUUGAGGACAACCCAGAUUCCAAGAACCCUGCUUACACCACUAAGAAUGGAAUUUACCAAGAAGGAUGUGGACUAGAAAAUGUUGUGAUGUCUUGGGGACAUGAUGACUACAUGUACUUGAUAGCUAAAGAAAAUAAAACGACGCUGCCUUCAGCUGCAUUGUUCAUCAUCCGUUACCACUCUUUUUAUCCUCUACACAAGGCUGGAGCUUAUACACACUUGAUGAAUGAGGAAGAUGUAGAGAAUUUGAAGUGGCUUCAUAUAUUCAACAAAUAUGACCUUUACAGUAAGAGCAAAGUUCGUGUUGAUGUCGAAAAAGUAAAGCCAUACUACCUUUCCCUCAUUGAAAAGUAUUUCCCAGACAAACUUAAAUGGUGA